AAGAAAUUAGAUUUCAUCAGAUUAAAAGGGUGAGGAAAUGUUUUCAUGAUAUUUAAGAUGUAAAUGGUGGGGAGGUGUUGAGAUCUGAACGACCGACAAAAUAUGAUCGAAAAUCACUUUCAUUUAAAUGAUUCUACGGCCUCUGAUUUAUUCAGCCAACACAUUUUUUGACAACUUGAUUGAGAAAAUAAUUUUAAAGCAUUGAUUCAGUAUUCAAACAUUAUACAAUCCUUUAAACUCAGUAAAGAAAGAAGCAAACGUCAAUGACGUCCAAUUUGGCAAUAAGCAACAUCUGUUGCAUAUAUAAACGCCCUCUUUGAUCGAUAUGGUGUGGUUGUUCACUGCUACGUAUGUGAAAUAAAAUCAUUGAACGUCAUCAAAAUUAUUCUGCAAGAAACAAAGUCAACAUCGAGCCACGUACCCCCAGUUUGAAAGAUUGGACUCGUAACUGAUUGCAACCACAAUCGUAAUUAUUACAGAAAUAAAACUCGUCAAAGCCGUCUCUACAACUCGUGCUUGGAAACUAAAUACCAAAUAUCCACUGCAAUAAAGGUCAAGCUUCUAAUAUUACUUUUGAAUAAGACAAUAGAGCAAAAAUGAAGAUUGGAUUUAUUUUAUUGUGUCUCAUCUACUCAGCCAGAUGUGAAAGUGGAAGCAAACAGGAUAUUUCUCUCUGGUAUAAAGAUAUGAUAAAACAGGGAGCUUUUGAAGGGGAUUUGACUUCAGCUCAACAAGAAGUGAAAAAAUCUGUAGAGAAAAUAAUUAAAAGUUCAAUGAAAAGUCAAAGAUUGUUUGACAGAGAAAAACUUUUAGCUUAUGAAAAUAUUUUAAAUUUGAAUGACAAUAGGGAUUCUGAUGAUGACGAUGAAACGGAAUUAGAUGAUGAUGAUGAUGGUGAUGAUAUGGGUAACAAUAACGAGGAGGUCAGUGUGCAUGAUAAUAAUAAUAAUAAUAAUAAUAAUAAUAAUGAUGAUGAUGAUAAUGUGGAGAAGGAAAAUUUUAAAAGUCAGCAUGUCAAAGGUGAUAUCUUAGUGAAAUCUUCAACAACAAUAAAAUCUAAAAAUAAUGUCUCUGAAAAUAUGACAAAUUUGAAAAGGAUGAAAAAAUUAUUAGAUGAAAAGCAAACGGACGAUAAGGCCGAACAGAUUCCCAAAAGAGAAGAACCAACAGCUGAGAUAUUGCAAUCCAAUGAAACCAAAACAAUGUUUGAAAAAAAAUCCGUUGAGAAAAAGAUUAGCACCAGGAUUCCAAAAGGUUCUGUUCGACAUUUGUACAAAACUUGCUAUAGUAAUUUUUCCAGCCGUUUAGAUAUAUUUUAUGCAUAUGAGAAGCAACGUAAUGAACUUUUCCAGAGAGAAGAAUAUUUAGAUAAUAAAUCUAUGCAACCAAAUUGGUUUUUUAAAAUCUUAUACCAGAUUCAGCAAAGCCAAAUGAUUUCACCUUCACCAAAUAUUCUAAAAAUGUCAAAAGUAUUUAAAAAAUCAAAGACAUCUAAAAGCAAAUAUAAAAUAAAAAACAUAAAACGUUGUUUAAGAACCUCAGAUUGUCCGAAAGUAUGUCGAUAUUUCUUUGAAUUUCAAAUGUGCAUACCUGGAUUUAAUUGGAUAAGGAAUAGUUCCGAUAAGAACUGUUCUUAUUUUGUUCAGUGGGAAGCUUUUCCUAGAAAGGAAAAUUUUGGAAUUAAUUUUAAUAAAGAGUCAUUUGACAAUGACCAGAAGAAGCUUCAAGGAGAUACUGUCAAAAUAAAUGAAAAGUUCAAAGAUGAAAAGAUCAAAGAUGAAAAGAUCAAAGAUGAAAAGAUCAAAGAUGGAAAGAUCAAAGAUGGAAAGAUCAAAGAUGAAAAGAUCAAAGAUGAAAAGAUCAAAGAGGAAAAGAUCAAAGAUGGAAAGAUCAAAGAUGGAAAGAUCAAAGAUGAAAAGAUCAAAGAUGGAAAGAUCAAAGAUGGAAAGAUCAAAGAUGGAAAGAUCAAAGAUGGAAAGAUCAAAGAUGAAAAGAUCAAAGAUGGAAAGAUCAAAGAUGGAAAGAUCAAAGAUGGAAAGAUCAAAGAUGAAAAGAUCAAAGAUGGAAAGAUCAGAGAUGGAAAGAAAAUAUAA